AAAAGGACAGGCUGAGGCUGAGCCUCAGGGAGGCGGGGUGCAGCUUCCUCUUCGCAGAGAGGCUGGACUUGAACAAACCCAGCCUCCUACACAACCGUGGAGCCAGGGCAAGGGAGAGACAGAAGGAGCAAGUGAUCCAGGGAGACAAACACUUGGAGAUACUUGGGGCUGAGUUUGAGCAAGACUCCCUAACCUGUGCCUGGACGAGUCUGAUGUCCUGUGUGGCCCAAGAAGAACUGACCCAGUGUCUGGAGCUCCCGCCAUUAUUGCAUCCCUGCUGUGGCUCACCUGCUGCUGUCUCCAGGAGCCCCUGAGAAGAUUUGCUUCCUCUCCCCUGCUAAGCUCCAGGUCCUGAGAUUGAAUUAGGGGCUGGAGCUCAUUGCACUCCAGCAGUCAUGGGACCCAGGAUAGGGCCAGCGGUUGAGGGACCCCAGGUACCAGACAAGGAAACCAAAGCCACAAUGGGCACAGAAAACACACCUGGAGGCAAAGCCAGCCCAGACCCUCAGGACGUGCGGCCAAGUGUGUUCCAUAACAUCAAGCUGUUCGUCUUGUGUCACAGCCUGCUGCAGCUGGCGCAGCUCAUGAUCUCCGGCUACCUAAAGAGCUCCAUCUCCACAGUGGAGAAGCGCUUCGGCCUCUCCAGCCAGACGUCGGGGCUGCUGGCCUCCUUCAACGAGGUGGGGAACACAGCCUUGAUUGUGUUUGUGAGCUAUUUUGGCAGCCGGGUGCACCGGCCCCGAAUGAUUGGCUAUGGGGCUAUCCUUGUGGCCCUGGCCGGCCUGCUCAUGACUCUCCCACACUUCAUCUCCGAGCCAUACCGCUACGACAACACCAGCCCUGAGGAUAUGCCACAGGACUUCAAGGCUUCCCUGUGCCUGCCCACAACCUCGGCCCCAGCCUCGGCCCCCUCCAACGGCAACUGCUCAAGCUACACAGAAACCCGGCAUCUGAGUGUGGUGGGGAUCAUGUUUGUGGCACAGACCCUGCUGGGUGUGGGCGGGGUGCCCAUUCAGCCCUUUGGCAUCUCCUACAUCGAUGACUUUGCCCACAACAGCAACUCGCCCCUCUACCUUGGGAUCCUGUUUGCAGUGACCAUGAUGGGGCCAGGCCUGGCCUUUGGGCUGGGCAGCCUCAUGCUGCGUCUUUAUGUGGACAUUAACCAGAUGCCAGAAGGUGGUAUCAGCCUGACCAUAAAGGACCCCCGAUGGGUGGGUGCCUGGUGGCUGGGUUUCCUCAUCGCUGCCGGUGCAGUGGCCCUGGCUGCCAUCCCUUACUUCUUCUUCCCCAAGGAAAUGCCCAAGGAAAAACGUGAGCUUCAGUUUCGGCGAAAGGCCUUAGCAGUCACAGACUCACCUGCCAGGAAGGUCAAGGACUCUCCCUCUAAGCAGAGCCCUGGGGACUCCACGAAGAAGCAGGAUGGCCUAGUCCAGAUUGCACCAAACCUGACUGUGAUCCAGUUCAUUAAAGUCUUCCCCAGGGUGCUGCUGCAGACCCUACGCCACCCCAUCUUCCUGCUGGUGGUCCUGUCCCAGGUAUGCUUGUCAUCCAUGGCUGCGGGCAUGGCCACCUUCCUGCCCAAGUUCCUGGAGCGCCAGUUUUCCAUCACAGCCUCCUACGCCAAUCUGCUCAUUGGCUGCCUCUCCUUCCCUUCGGUCAUCGUGGGCAUCGUGGUGGGUGGCAUCCUGGUCAAGCGCCUCCACCUGGGCCCUGUGGGAUGCGGUGCCCUUUGCCUGCUGGGGAUGCUGCUGUGCCUCUUCUUCAGCCUGCCGCUCUUCUUUAUCGGCUGCCCCAGCCAUCAGAUUGCAGGCAUCACCCACCAGAGUAGUGCCCAGCCUGGGCUGGAGCUGUUUCCAAGCUGCAUGGAGGCCUGCUCCUGCCCAUCGGACGGCUUUAACCCUGUCUGCGACCCGAGCACUCGUGUGGAAUACAUCACACCCUGCCAUGCAGGCUGCUCAAGCCAGGUGGUCCGGGAUGCUCUGGACAAAAGCCAGGUUUUCUACACCAACUGCAGCUGCGUGGCAGAGGGCAACCCCGUGCUGGCAGGAUCCUGCGACUCAACCUGCAGCCACCUGGUGGUGCCCUUCCUGCUCCUGGUCAGCCUGGGCUCGGCCCUGGCCUGUCUCACCCACACACCCUCCUUCAUGCUCAUCCUAAGAGGAGUGAAGAAAGAAGACAAGACUUUGGCUGUGGGCAUCCAGUUCAUGUUCCUGAGGAUUUUGGCCUGGAUGCCCAGCCCCGUGAUCCACGGCAGCGCCAUCGACACCACCUGUGUGCACUGGGCCCUGAGCUGUGGGCGUCGAGCUGUCUGUCGCUACUACAAUAACGACCUGCUCCGAAACCGGUUCAUCGGCCUCCAGUUCUUCUUCAAAACAGGUUCCGUGAUCUGCUUCGCCUUAGUUUUGGCUAUCCUGAGGCAGCAGGACAAAGAGGCAAGGAUCAAAGAGAGCAGAUCCAGCCCUGCUGUAGAGCAGCAACUGCUAGUGUCGGGGCCAGGGAAGAAGCCAGAGGAUUCCCGAGUGUGAGCUGUCUUGGGGCCCCACCUGGCCAAGAGUAGCAGCCACAGCAGUACCUCCUCUGAAUCCUUUGCCCAAGAUUGGGUGUCAAGAGCCCUGUGUUCCAUUCUGGCUCCUCCACUAAAUUGCUGUGUGACUUCAGGCAAGACACUGAUCCUCUCUGAGCCUUUGCUUGCUAGUCUGAACCAAAGAGUUGUUUGGGC